AUUUUUAUAUUAUAUAUUAAAUCAUGUCUGUCAUUGAAGAAAAGGCAGAUAAAAUAGAAUGCACAGAUAAUGAACUAGUCUCACAUCAUUCAAUAUCAAAUCAUCAUGAAGACGAACAAGUGACUUGGAAAAUGAAGACACUAGUACUGCUCUGUUUAUUUUCAUUACCGGUGGGUUGUCAUUAUCUGGAAGCAACGGUUGGAACAUUAAAGACAACAUUAAAGCAGGAAAUGCAAAUCAAUAAUACCCAAUUUAGUAUUUUACUAUCCUCCGUUACACUUGUAAAUACCGUUUUACCGCUCGUGGCAGGUUCUCUCAUAGACGACGCUCAUAGCAUAGGUUCUGUACGUUCAACAUUUAUCGUAAGCAUCAUUAUUCUACUUGGAAGCAUUCUAGUCUCUAUUGGUGCCACUAUCUCUAGCUAUUCUUGUAUGAUGACCGGUCAAAUUAUCUAUGGCCUCGGUGGAGGAAUGAUCGUAACGAUGCAGGAGGGCCUUAUUUCCCGCUGGUUCCGGGAUAAAGAAGUCACUGUUAUCAUCGGCGUCAUGCUUUCUAUUGCCCGAUUAACCAAAUGGGUGGCUAAAAUGGUGGCAUAUCCUAUUUACAACGCAACAGGAUCCUAUGCGAGUUCGAUCCAUAUUGCUACCAUGUUUUGUGCUUUGGGUGCACUGGCCAAUUCCAUCUACUGGUUCGUCCUUUGGCAAAAAGGAUGGGCUACCGUGACAGGGAGAGAAGUACAGUCGAAUAAAUCGAGUCUUCAUUAUAAAAAGAAACAACCGUUCAAAUGGUCCUAUUCUGUACUGUUGCAUAUUCCAGGUAUAUUCUGGAUGGUGCCCCUUGUUCAACUGGUUAUGUCUAGUGUUCUUAGUAGCUUUGAUGAUGUUGCAACUGAGUACAUUGAAUUUCGUUACGAUACUGACUUUGUCUUGGCUGGUUACCAAAGUAGUUUGACUCAGGUAGUUCCUAUCGUCGUUACUCCAAUCCUAGGUAUCCUUGUGCAUAAAUAUGGCCAACGCCUGACAAUAUUAUUCUUUGCUACCAUCAUUCUGUUAGUCUCUAUGGUACUCCUUAGUUAUACUUGGGUUACGCCAGCCGUCGGUAUGAUCCUAUUUUCACUUGCUUUAGCCCUAGGCCCAGUAUCUCUCCUGAGUUCCACUUCAUUACUGCUUCCACACGAACUCUCUGGUACAGGCAUGGGACUACACAAGUGCGCCAACAAUAUUGGCACCACGAUUGUUUCUGUACUAGUAGGCUAUGUUCAAGAUCUCACAUAUCAUGACGGUGAUCCUGAUGACGAUAACUAUGACCUCCAAAACGAAUAUACUGGUGUCAUGAUAUUCUAUCUUUUCUUAGCUGUCCUUUCCAUCUUUAUCGCUGCUACCUUUUGGCUACUGGAUCGCUUCGUUCUUCGUAGCUGGCUUCAGAUAAACAAAGCGGAACGUGAAAAAAGGCUUGAUCAGUGCGUGGAUGCGUGUGAAAAAGAGCAAAAAGAAACAAGUUUGAAGUAUGUGGGUAUGCAACUUAGAGAUAAGAAAAAGUACAUCUACAUCGCCUUCUUUAUGUUCUGGUUGCUGGUCUCGUGGGCUGUUUUCUUUACAUUUGCGCUCAUGCCAAUUUAUGAAAAUUAUUCAUUAAAAUAAGCUUUUCCC